GACGUGAACAACCAGAACAUCGAAAGGAUGAUUUGUGCUGUGUUGGAGCCGUUGGAGGAAUGGUGCAAGAAGUCGAACGCGCGCCUGCGAGGCGUGCAGGAGUCCAUUCCCUGGGUGACGGAGCAGUUGUCAGGCGGCAAAUUCUGGGACAUGUUGAACUCGACCGCGCGCCUCCUCCAGCAAUGGUCGAAGUUGAAACGUUUUGGUUUCAUGCGUGGCACGGCCAAGGUGGCCGAGAUGGUCGAGGCCAGUCCCGCGACGGCGGACACGCUCAGAGGUCACGUUUUGAUCCAGGAGGAGCUGGCCACCCACAUGGGGGAGCUGUCUCUGAACGUGCUGUACGAAAGCUUGUGCAGCUGGAUGUGGAUGCUCGAGGGGUGGCCUCAGAGGGCAGUUCUUUGGCUCGGAGAUCGGCGCGACGAGGAGGUCAAGCGCUUUCUGCGCGACGUCGACUUGUUCGAGGACUUGGAAGCCCGGCUUCAUCGUGGAGCCGACUUGGAGGACAUCCACCAGCGCUCCAUUUUCCAUUUGUUCCCGGUGCAGCAGCUGAAGAUCGCUCUGAAGGCUCGAGGGGACAAGGUGGACGGGGAGAUGCAUCGAUUCCUGACCCACAAGUUCAGCCGCUGGAUGCAGAGCCAGGCCGCGGAGGAUGGAUUCAAUAUUUGCCAGAACACGGUGACGCUGGCCAGGAACAAACGCACCUGCAUUCACACCCUGUGCAAUACUCAGUUCUGCGAUGGGAUGUUGGCGAAGAGGCACAAGGUCGACGAGGUCGUUCCUUCGUAUUUCUCUCGGAGGCAGGGCUUCACGCAGCUGCCAGAGGAUGCGUUCAGGGCUGAGACAUGGGACGACGAGGACCCGCCCUACCGUGGCAUCGUCGGCAAAACCGACAAAACAGCUUGGUGGAAAACAGGGGCCCACGAGAUGCCAGUGGUCUUCUUGGACCUGCUCUUGCUGCGGUCUGUCAAGAGCUUGUCAGAUGACGCUGACAAGGCGUGGGACUUGCUGGCAGAUCAUCGGUGGCUGUCCUGCCUUAUGCGCGGGAAUCAUUUGGUUCGGAAGACUUCGUGUCCGUUGGUCAAGGACGAUCCAGAGAAGUGGUUUUUCUGUCUGGGCGACGGCUUCGGAUCUGCGUGCUUGCUCUGGCCGGCGCAGGAACAGCACCUGCCAGAUGAGCACUCAACGAUUUGUUUCGUCCCCGAGGAGGCCGACAAGGUGUAUUACGGCGUCAUCGUCGAUGAAACCGAGUGGGAGUCGUACCCGUACGAGUGGCGAUCGCCACUGUGGCAAUGGGUGGAACACCCCACUGCCAGGGCAGCCGCAUGGAGUCGUUUCGCCCAAGUUCGCGCUUUCCCCACGAUCAAGGAGCCUCAACCAAUCUUGGCGUCAGCCGCACAGGCUGGUUUUUGGAAUCUUGGUAUCACUACGCUUCGGAAGCUCAUGGACCACGUAGGCGCACUUUUGGACGAGGGGGGCUCUUGCACCAAGAUGUUCGACGUGUUGAUGUGCCUAAUCACAAAGGUGCUGGGCUGCAACAGCGACGCUGCCAUUGACAUCAUUACUCUGCGUCUUGGGCGCAUGGGUUCCGAGAGGGCAGUGGGCGCGGAAGAUCUGUUGCAAUUGGACGACGGUUUGGACUUAUGCACCCCCGACGACAAGCGACAGAUCAGAACCGAACAGAAGGCCCAGCAGCACGAGCAGGAAGUGUUUGAUUCGCUUCUUACUGACUUGAGUUUGGCGAGGCACAGGGCUGGCCUUGCGGCGCCAGCCGUGCACAGGCCGCGCGUCCCCGUGCCUGAGGCAUUGCCACAGCGAGCGGUGCGAGAAUUCGUGCCGCCCGGCGCGUCCAUUUGGAGAAACAAUAUAGGCCAGGGUUGGUGUGGCCACUGCCCGCCGUUCAGGCGAUGCACGGCGGCGGAUUUUGGGAUCGAGGGGUCAGAGCGGGCAGCGGCCCUCCAUGUUCUACGAAGGUUGUGGUCUCAGUACAGCUACCUUCAUCGAGUUGCCUUGCGAGAGUGUUGUUUCGUCGACAACCUUUUCCCGCCUGAACAGCUAGACAAGGAUGCCCGUGACAAGGCAGCGCAGGCCGCCAAUGAAGCCCCGCGCCCAGGGGCACCGCCGGCCGCGGCAGCCCCGGCCGCUGCGGCCCCGCCAGCGGCGGACCCGCUUCCUCCAGGCUUGGCCAAGGCCCCGGGGCCCGCCGGAGGCGCCGCCGCCGCGGCCAAGGGCCGGGGGAAGGGCGCCGCGCCGAAAGGCAAGGGCCGGGGCCGCGGCAGGCGUGGCAGAGGCUAGGCGACCAGGUGUCUCGGCAGGUUGGAUCGGACGCCCGUGUAAACGCGCGGGGAUUUGCGCCGCCCGCACCCUGCCCCUGCUACCGCUGCUGGCUCCCUGCUGCCUGCUUGCCGCCGCCGUCCUGCUUUCCCUCUCUUCCCUCAUUCAUUCCCCUUCCACUUGUGCU